GAAAUCCGGCCGCGGGGUAUGUGUACUUCUGGCGGUCGCUUGCUGAUAUUUGCAGGCAGGGCAGGCUCCGGGAUGGCUGAUUGGGUUCAACACUUAGCAGGCAUUAAGGGCUUGGUGUUAGACAUCAGUGGGGUGCUUUAUGAUAGUGGAGGCGAAGGAGGCGGAGUCCCCAUUCCCGGAUCUAUAGACGCUGUAAAAAAGAUCAAGGCAUCUGGUCUGAAGCUGCAGUUUUGCACCAAUGAAACUCAAGCAACACGUGAAAAGUUUGUGAAGAAGCUGCAACGGUUGGGCUUUGACAUUGUGGUAAAUGAAGUCACUGCUCCAGCACCGGCAGUAUGUCACAUUCUCAAGGAACGUAACUUGAGGCCAUACCUUCUUGUACAUGAUGAUGUCAUCCCUGAAUUUGCUGAUAUUGAUAAAACAAACCCCAACUGUGUGGUGGUUGGUGAUGCAGCAGACAACUUCUCUUACAAAAAUCUUAAUGAAGCCUUUCGAGUUCUCAUUGGCCUAGAGAAUCCAAUUCUAGUAUCUCUGGGAAAGGGACGCUAUUAUAAAGAAACUGAUGGCUUGAAACUUGAUGUCGGAGUAUAUAUGAAGGCACUAGAGUAUGCCUGUGACAUUCAAGCUGAAGUGGUGGGAAAGCCAGCCAAAAUGUUUUUCCAGUCAGCAUUAAGAGAAAUGGGUGUGGAACCACACCAGGCCAUCAUGAUUGGAGAUGAUAUUGUGAAUGAUGUAGGAGGUGCUCAGCAGUGCGGCAUGAGAGCUCUCCAAGUACGAACGGGGAAGUACAGGCCUUGUGAUGAGCAGCAUCCUCUAGUAAAGGCAGAUGGUUAUGUGGAUAACCUGGCAGAAGCCGUGGAUGUUAUUCUAAAGCAACUGCACAAAUAACUGGAUCUCAGAAGAUGAGUGAAGUCUGAAAGACAGCUGAUUCUUGACUACUGUGUUUGCCUCCAUUCAGUUCACUUCCACAUUUUUACCCAGUUUUAUGCAGUCACAAUUAAUACAUAGCAACCAGUGGAACUGCCAGUGUGCCUCAGAAGCCCUUUUAAAAAAAACAUGUAAUUGCAAGUAACUGAAGUGAACUAUUAACCAGAACAAAACAAAAAGAUGACACUAGUGCAUACUUACAACAUCUCAGAAUCUUUUGAAUCUUAAUUAUCUGUUUGGGGUAUAUAAAACCAUUCCUUAUCAGUGCUUAAACAUCCGUGCCCUAUACCAGUAUAACUGAGAUCUGGUUCCAGAGCC